AGUAUUGACUACAGGGAGGAAACUCCAAAUCAGGCGAAGUAGUUGAUGUGCUGCCGGGAGGGCAGCAUUCCCUGGUCUACACUGGAUUCAUGUUUUGGUAUUAAUGGCAUGCAAAGUGAGCAGGACAAGUGAGUUUUCUGACAAACAGACGGACACGAAGCGAAGCAGCGAUGGCCGUCGAAAACGUGAGUGUGGUCUUCAAGCUGUACUGCCUGACAGUAAUGACGCUGGUGGCAGCUACAUACACUGUGGCAUUACGGUACACCAGGACCAUCUCAUCAGGUGACCUGUACUUCUCCACUACUGCAGUGUGCCUCACGGAGGUCAUUAAACUAAUACUGAGUCUGGGGAUGCUGGCAAAAGAAACAGGAAGUCUUCCCAGACUCAAGAAUGCCAUACAGGAACAUGUCUUCUUCAGUCCCAAAGAACUGCUGAAGCUGAGUGUGCCCUCAAUAGUGUAUGCAGUUCAGAAUAACAUGGCCUUUGUCGCUCUAAGUAACCUCGAUGCAGCAGUUUAUCAGGUGACUUAUCAGCUGAAGAUCCCAUGCACAGCCUUGUGUACAGUCCUCAUGCUGAACCGCUCUCUUGGCUGGCUGCAGUGGUUCUCUGUCUUCAUGCUCUGUGGAGGCGUCACACUUGUUCAGUGGAAGCCUGCAGAGGCCACUAAAGUUCAGAUUGAGCAGAAUCCCUUUGUUGGGUUCGUUGCCAUCGCUAUUGCUGUGCUUUGCUCUGGAUUUGCAGGUGUAUACUUUGAGAAGGUGUUGAAGAGCUCAGACACAUCUCUGUGGGUGAGAAACAUUCAAAUGUACCUGUCCGGCAUUGUGGUCACCCUGAUUGGUGUUUACGUGACCGAUGGAGAGAAGGUGCUGGAGAAAGGCUUCUUCUUCGGUUAUACACCCUGGGUGUGCUUUGUUGUAUUCUUGGCCAGUGUAGGUGGUCUGUACACAUCAGUGGUGGUGAAGUAUACCGACAAUAUUAUGAAGGGCUUCUCUGCUGCAGCUGCUAUUGUUCUUUCAACAGUGGCGUCUGUCAUCUUGUUUGGACUACAGAUAACCAUCACAUUUUCCUCUGGAGCCCUCCUCGUAUGCAUUUCAAUCUACCUGUAUGGACUUCCAAAGCAAGACACAUCCAAAGUGGGCCGCCAAGACACAGACAGGGAAUCCAAACAGAAACUAAUCACUGUGUGAGUCUCUGACUUGGCCAGAUCAGACGGGAGUCCAGUUUUCUGACGAGCUAAGAGUACAUGUACUGUGUGAGCACUGGGGAGCAAUUCCUGGUAUUUUACUGAAGAACAUGAAGUUGCUCAGUGUUCUGUUCAUCACACAGAUCACAGCUUCUCUUCUUCUUUAAAGGCAGAGUAUUCUAAGCUAUUGAGACAUGGACACCAGUAGAGUGAGGGAUUUUGGAUCUGGCACAUGCCAACUAUUUAAAUACGUGAUCUAAAUAUCAAUCUUUCUCCAGAGAUUCCACCUUUAAUGUAGGCCAGCUCCUACCUCUACCCACAUAAGACUGGUGACAGUACUUUGAACUUCCAUAUAAUUUGAAGAAGUCUUGAUGAUUUUAAUGCCAGAUUCAAACAAUCUUUCAGUUGAUAUGACAAACAAUUUUUUCAAACUGGCCCUUAUAGCUAGUAGCUUGUAAAGUCUGUAAAUAAUCUGAAGCAAUCGAAGGAGGCCUUAAAUUGAACUUGAGACAUACCGGAGAAAUAAGCAGUGACAGGACUUUGUUACUCUUAUUUUGAAGCCUCUGUAUAUUUGCCAUAGGGGGCGUAUAAUUACCACAACUCCUUACCAUGGAGGGUUUUUUUCCCAAUCAGUAAUUUUUUUUAAAUUUUUUUUUUUUUUUUGCAACUGUGAAAAUGUGUCUUUGGUCCAAAUCAUAUAAUGCUAAUUCUGUAUGUGCCCAACUCACAGGAGACGACAUUUGAAAGAAUGAUGACUGCAUGUGGGAUUAUGUUUAUAAUGCCAUCUCUCCAGUGUCUUGUGUCUUUUGUACCAGUUCUGUUUCAUUGUAUAAACAUUGUCUAUUAAAACUGAACAGAAAUAUGGUAAAAGGA